AUGGAAACAUACGUAAUUAUACAUCUUUUACAUAUCAGUUUUUAUAUAGGUAUUUGCCCAAAUCCAUAUAUUGAGUUGGGUACGCAGUGCGUUCUCUUGAUCCCGACUGCCUAUGCAUGGAGCUCUGCACGCACUCAGUGCGGGGUGACUGGAGGAGAUUUGAUAACGCUAGAUGACUGCGACCAGUACCGAAAAGUUUAUCUGUACCUCGCCGAAACAGAUUACAAACCUCUUGGUUAUUGGGUCGGCGCCUCAGAUAGCGCCCUAGAGGGCCAAUGGCGCUGGACUGACGGUUCACCGACGGCUAUGGGGCUACCUCUCUGGGGAGUGACUGGAGUGGGGGAGCUAGAACCCGACAACCCCGGCUUAGAGAACUGCCUGGAGUUGAGUUCCCUGUGGAGGUAUCGCUUCUCCAACACCUUCUGUGGCAACGUGCGACGCGUGAUCUGCGAGACCAGCCCCCUGUAGAAGACUUACAUGGACAAAUGAUGGGUCUAAAUCUUCUGAAAAGUCUCAGAGCAAAUAAAAAAAGACUCGAAUUAGUCUACAGUCAAACAUGCAGUUGAAUCUGAAUGAGAAUAACAGAUUUGUUUUCAAAGCUAAUUUUAAGCAAUUAAAAAAAGAUUUUUGAUAUUUUAUACAAUCUCAAUUAGGUUUCCAGUCUACAAGAAUCGAAUCAAACAAAUGAAAUUGGAGAAAAAUUUCAAGUAUUCAUGUUUCUUACUUUAUUUCAAAGGUAUGAAAUGAAUUCAGAUUUAUGAAAGAUUUAUGUACAAUUUAUUCCACAGUAAAUACUUUUCCUGGCA